CAUGGUGCCAAUCACGCAGCUGGCCUCAGUGGCUCCAAACCUACCCAAAUGUAACCUGCUGAUUAAGGUGGGCGACAGCCCAGACGGACCACUUGUCAGUGGAGCUGUUCCACUUGGAACCACGCUGACGUUUGUCAUCGAUAUGUCAAUCAGCGAGGUGUACGGCUUCACAGUGUCCAGCUGCAUCGCCCGAGAUGGCAUGGGCAUGGGCGAACAGAUGAUCAUCGAUGAGGAUGGCUGCGCUGUGAACACGGAUAUCUUCGACGACCUUAUCUACGAUCCGUCGAAUGCGCGCGUCUACAGAACGUUCCCUGCUCACAAGUUCGCGACCAGCAUGCAGGUGUAUUACCAGUGUAACGUCAAGCUGUGCAUACACGGCAGCUGCGAGAUCCCAAGCUGCGCGACCACCGUGGGCUCGGUGAGGAGAAAGCGUCAAGCGCUCAGCGGCGAGCAACCGGAAGAGGAACCCCUUCUCAUUGUCAGAGACGUGGUGCUGAUUGGAGACUUCGAUGACGACCAAG